UGUCUGCGAGGCGGUGUGUGUAUGUGUGUGUGUGUGUGUGUGUUGCUGAAUGCUUGUUCCUGUCAGCCUGAUUUAGCCUGUGGCGGCUUGAUGACCCAGUUUGCGUAAAAAAAAAAACGCCAACCUGGGCAGCUCGUCCUCAACACGACUUUACCCAAGUCAGAUCCACAUCUCAGGCUCUCGUUGCUGCUUUCUGCACAUUUUCCUGCGUCGAGGAAAUGGAUGAGCUGUUCUAGGAGCUCUGGCUGAAGGCCUGGCUGUGUGUCAUGUAGAUCAUAUCGUCCGGCUGACACACAGGAGGAGCUGACAGGAAUUAUGAGCUCCCUUUAGAAAUCUGACCACAAGCAGCCAGCUCCUGCAAACAUUUCAUCAACAUUUGGGAGGAUUGUCUGGGUGUAAUGGUGGACCGAGUGCUGCAUGGAGUGACAGCACAUGCAGCUAAACAGAGCAGCUGGAAAUGUGCUCAAAAGAGUCUAAAUCAGCAGAGAAGGGAACAGAAAAUCAGAUGAUCAGAUUUGUGUGUUUGAAGCCGUCAGGACUUCCACAUUUAGAAAAUCAGGAAACUCUAUUAAUUUCACUGCUUUGACCGUCAGGAGGCGUCCUGGUUUAUAUAACACAAACUUGUCAGAAAGUGUCAGCCUUCUCAGCCCCUUUAAAAAAAACAGAAAACUGCUGAGUUCAUAACAGGCCGAGGAACAAGCCCGUGCUGGAGUAGGGGAUAGGUGAGAUGACUCGGGGGCGAGUCACUCCUCAGAAAUGCGGUGACACCAGCAGUCAUCUGGCAGAUAUUUCCUCACAUGAACGACGUGUUUAUAGAGAAUACAACUGUAGAUGUUUGUGAGGAUUAGUCACACAUUCUCCACAGAAAACGUCGUCGGCCUCUCGAGUCUCCACAACUCGUAUAUUUGAUCCCUGACAGCCUUUUACACUCGCAUGAACCGUCUGCAGCGACGUGUUGGAGGUGUUUCUGUGCUGGAAGCUCUCUGUAGUGUACGUUUCAUCGAUGGAGCCCGUCUUACAUAAUUGCACAGCCAGAGUUCAGUGCACCGGUAGGAAUGCGCAAUAGGCUGUGUCACGAGCUGCAUUUGUGCCAUUGCAACCCGGAGCGUGACAUAAGCCGCCCUGUCAAUGAGGAUCACAUGGCAGUGACAGGGUGUCGGUUAAAAAGCAACUCAUCUCGUCUCCGUGUGUCGCUCUGCAGCCUCUCCCGUGCUGCUUUUUAUUCCUAAUCGCCUACAUUUUGCAGAAGUGAAGCCAUCUUGCUCAACUUGGGCUACACCCUUCAUUCCUAUUGCGUGCCUUGUCAAGGGAGGAUGGGGCAAGAAGGGAUGUGUUGUGUAGGUUUGUUCAGAAGUAGAAGAAGAGGGGAGAAGAAAAAGAAGAUCCAGUUCUUUUCAAACAAAAUGGCACAGACUGCCUGAGGACAGGCUUACAGGCCUCAUGCAGCACGUUACCAUCUCCUGGGAUGUCGUGAAUUCAGAAAGGCAUUCGGCUCCUCCUCGCAGCGAGCGAGACAAACCGAACCCCUCGACGUGGAGCGAUCUCGGGGUUAAAGCCGGAGAGCCUUUAAAGUCCAGCAACCGGCGAGCAGCAGAGCAUAAGAAGAGGCUCUCUGCACUAUGAUCAGCGCGUUGCCAAAGCCGCCGCCCUUUCCCUGUCUUUGUCCCCAUUCCCAGUCUAAAAUGAUCAGUCUAUAUUACAGACUACAAUCUGGGGCAGUAAACACUCUCCCACUGGGCCGCACCCACAGCAGAGGAAUGCACCUGAAUGCAUGCAUGCAACGUUUAAUUAUCCUGUGUUUUCCAUUCAACAGAGCUGCAGCAGCGAGGACGGGUCUGCAGGUUUUCCCGCGAUUAUCCUGCAACUCCUCACAUAUUUCCUCGCGCGGCGUCACGACCCUGAUCGUGAAAAGGUCAGAUGGAUGACGGUGCUCGUAGCCUCUCCAUCAUACGCUCCCUUUUUUUAAAAAAUGUGUCUUCUGCUGCGUCUCCCUCAGAUUGAUAAAUUCAAACGUCUGAUCGUCAAUAAUUCCACCAUCAUUCAUAUUUCUCUGUGACACACACGUCCUGCCUGUUCACCUGUGUCCGUCUUCCCUGCACGUCCACAGUGGCAGAUAAGCUCAGUCUUUUGUGUGUUAGACUGCUGUUAUCUCCUUUUACACUGCUGCCCCGUGUAUAAAAGCCUGUCUCAAGGCCUUCCACACUGGCUGUCAUGUGGCUCUGUCUGACUCCCUCGCUCAGAUAAGACAGAAAGAAAGGGAAGGAGAGGAGGAGGAGGAGGAGGAGAUGCAGCUCGGAGGUGAGGGUGAUCCUGACAGCGAAGCCACGUCCGCCCUUGUCCAGCGCAGACCAGAUGGAGACGAGCAGGAAGACGGGAGCAUGUGCACCUGAAGCAGCCAGAGGAAGCGGACGGAGCCGCUGUUGGUGCCUUUUUAAGGAGGCCGGUCGUCGCACCGGGCUGUCUGGUUCGGACUCUCACGCUCGCUGGCUGACUCCCAGAGCUCCCUCACCCUCGGCCUCAAAUGGCUGACACACAGCAGUUCUUCACUGGCAAGCUUUAUGUUCCUGUACACAUGCUAAAGCUGCCAGCUGAAGAACUGCUCUGGUCAGCCCUGCACCGGAUGACUCAAGAGGAGGAAGCAGGCGGGGGCGGAGGGGGGAAGAGGACGGAGGGGAGGCGGCGUUUCUCACGCUCAGCAGUCAGACUGGACUUAAUUAACCUGCUAGAUUUGAGCCACCGUUCAGUUUGGUCAGGACGAACUGUUUAUGUUGUGGUCACUGUUUGUGUUGUCUGUUUGAAUUGUGUACAUGAUGAACAAUAAAGAGUCAAAUAUUUUCUCAGACUUGAGGUUUAUUGCUGAGGAUGAAACCACACACACACACACACACACACACACACACACACACACACACACACACACACACAGAGGGAAACAAAAGAUGUGUGCACAAAUGUGUCAAACUUUUAAGACGAUCCUUUUAAAGGUCAACAAGCUUAAAGUUGUUUAUUUCAGUUAUAAAGCACGUUGAAGGCAAACAGGUUUGAACAAAGUCUGACGUGUCAACAGGCGUGAGGACGUUUUUGUGCAAGAUUAAAAUAGAAGCAGGUUUCAACCAGGCAAGAAUAAAAACAUGUGGACAGCCAACGACAGGAAGCUGCAACAUCAGAUGCUCUUUACAUCGUCAGCAGGCCCCAGACGUAAAGCAACGUCAGGCUACGGCACCACAUCAAAAGGAAACGCCACCAAUUUGACUCAUUGAAGUGUGCAGUUAACAAAUACCUUGUAAUUUCUUUAAUAGAUUUCCAGGAAGCUUUUAUUUGGUGUGUGUUUCUGCUGAUCAGCUGAUUUAGUCCAGCUCGUUCCUGUAACAGCAGCUGUUCACAUCACACUGCAUCACUCACUUCAGCUUUGUGGCCGGCAGAAGAGAAGUUAAACUGAAACUAGCUGGAAAUGAAAGUCGCUCGAUCAGCAGAAGUUAAGCAGAAACCAGUUGGAAGUUUCCUCCAAAGUUGCCUCCAGUGACGUCACUCAGCGGCUGUGUUGCAUUCUAGGUAAUGAUUUCUUAAUAAAAGGUCCAUAAGGAGUCCAUCCCUGGCUGUGUCCCGGUUCAGGAGCUGCAUUUGAAGGCCAAUUACACCUCAACACUGUGUGAAGGCUCCUCCAGAUGCAGCCCACAAAUGCUCCUUCUUUUCCUUUUAGGAGGACGCACCGCUACGAUCCUUCAUGGCCUCACAUAUCCCAGGAUUCUUUAAGCGCCUGAAAAAGAAGAAAGAAGGAGAGAAAAUGGCGACGUCACGUGGCAUAGAUCGUCACUUUGUGGGCCUGGGUGGCAGAAAUCGUGACAUAAGGGUAAAACAUCUGGUGAUGCAACCAGGAAAUGCUCUGAACACGAGACCGUCCCACGUCACAACAGCUGACGGGGCCUUCGAAGGUCUCUUGAAGGACUCGCUCUCAACACCACAAAGGAAGUGUCCUUCGAAGGAUGCAGACCCUGAAUUGAGACACAGCAAGUGUUACAGGAGUGCCAUACAAAACUAGUGUAUGACUUUGUGCUUUAAUUACCCACAAUGCAACUUGGCCACCAGUGACAUCACUGGAAGCGCUUUCUCAGAUUACAUGCAGCUUCUUCUGGAGCCACAAAAGACUUUAUACAACUUUUUCACAAGUGCAGUCAUUCUCCCCUGUAAACACACUUUAAUGUGUAAAACUGGUGGCGUUACCCUUUAACAAGUUAAUUUCCUGACAUUCUAAACUGAAUAAGGUACGAAAUCAGAGAGAGACUAAUAAAUGGUUUAAUAUCUUCAGGGCCUGAAAUAUUUUCCUGACAAAAUAAGUCAAUUUUAAAAUCUGCCACUUUUUGCUCUGAUGCAGCUGAAUUAUAUUUUCCUCCAACAUGCAGCUGAAUACUCAAGUACAAGAACGUCUAAAAAGUGUGUAAGCACAGUACAGUUGUACUGUUUUGUUGACCAAACACCAAGAAAAACUCUAAAUGUUCCUUGAAAUAGUCGUAAAUGAUUGUCUCCUGAAUCUUUAGUUAUUAUUCACUUUGAAUAAUACUUUAUCACUUUAACUCCCUCAGUCAUCAUGUUUUCCAAAUGAAAUGCUUGUAAGUUUUGAUGUGUUCCUAUCUGUUGGUUUUUAAACUGAUCUUUAGGACAUUACAAGGGCAGAUGUCUAUAAACUGCUGCACUGUUAAACCUGAAACUUCUGUGUCUUGGUGCAGCUUCCACUGAAUCACCACUAGAUGGCGCAGCAGUCUAUUAAAACAUGGCUGAGGGCUUCAUGGAGCAGGUUCAGGGAAAUUAAAUCAGACGGAUCAUUAGAUCAGUAGUGUGCUGGGCUAGUCUCAAAACUAGUUCCCUGAUUCAUUCAGUCAGUGUGUCUGUGACUGUAUUAACUAACAGCCCAUCCGAGCAGUUUAUUUGAUUAUAAAUAUUAUUUUGUAAAUCCUGGAUAUGAACAAAGCUUCAGAUCACAGAUUGUUCAGGUGGAUUAUAAUACAGCUGUAUGUUCUGUAGUUGGUAAGUAUCUCUGAUGUGCAGGUGGUGAGAGAAGUAUUCAGAUUGUUUAAUUCAAUGAAACUCAUGUAUGAUCCGAAAAAUACAACAUGAAGUAUUUAUAAUUACACAGAAAUACAUCUUGAGUGUUUCUAUCACUAAUGCGUACAUCUACAGAUAUAGUUAUGCUGUAGCUGGUCGAGGUGAAGCUAAUUUCAAAUAUUCUUUCUUCCUUUUUAUAUGAUUGGAUUAAAAGCAACAAUUCGUGGAGCAUUGUGUGAAGUUUAGAGAUCCAGUGGAGAGUGAAGUUCCUGUUAAAUACUUAAAAAUGGCAGAAUAAGACUUCAGUGAAGGACCUGAGUCAGCAGGGCGUGCAUGUGUUGAGAGGCUCAUAGUGUCCACCUUGCUUCCUCUUCCUCCCUCUUCCUCCCUCUCUCUCUCCCUUACUCACAAUGUGCGUCGUCGUACAUGCUGAUCCAGCUCGAUGCCCCCCGUGCGUAAAUGGAAAGCUUUUACGCACCGCGCGUGUUCACUUCAGAGGGGGUUUAAUUGUUGUUUUUGCACUGUCACACGCCUCGCCUGGUGCAUGAGCAGGCUUCAGAUACUGGGGAUGUGCUGUGGAGAUGUGAGGGUUGCGGUAAUACCUCACUACUUUAUAGAAAGAGGGGGGGUAAAAAGGCAAGACGUGCGUCCGGACACUCACCGCCAACUCGACGCGAGAGGGACUUGACAUCAAUAACAUCUCGCUCAUCAAUAAGACACUUUGAUGGAGUUAGAUUGCUUAAUUAAAUAGUUCGCCUUAAAGGUAUUGGGCUCUCUGAAUUUGAAAUAUUCUCUAAUCUAAUGACCCCCCAUGGAGAACAUCUGAAGGAAGACACUCGAGCAUCUCUCUCUCCACAAGACAGCGGCUCGGUCACACAGAGAAUCCGGCUUCGAGGUUUCUCAUCUUUCACUGAUGGCGAUCAACACUGAUGCUGCCUUUGGGAAAAGCGCCCUCGGCGAGAGGGAGGUCUCCAACCCCACGGACUUCCACGACACGGAGAGGCUGCUGAGCGCCGCGACCACCGAGCCCAGCGGGCAGACCAACAUCAAGCAGUCCGACUCCUUCUCCCUCACCAUCAGAGGGAGCGUCCGGUCUCUGGACGCGGACCAGAACGGACACAGAUCACCGCUAAAGUCGGGCUCCGUCGGGCAUUUGGCGACCCCACCCAAGUCCACGUCCCGGCUCAGCCUGGGCCCGCAGCCCUCCCCGGUGCCGCCCGGAGCCGAACCCCCGAGUUACCUCUGGGCCGCCGUGCUGUCCUGUUUCUGUUUAACCGGCGUGCCGUUCAACCUGUGCGCCCUGUGGUACGCACAUGUGUCCACAUCAGUUCUCCACUCUGGUGAUAUUCAAGCAGCAAGAAAGUAUGGCCGCCUGUCUCUGCUGUUCAGCUGUGUGGCAAUACUGCUGGGUGUGGCUCUCCUCAUCUUCAUGGGCAUCUCGUUAGGUAUAAAAGAGAGUCAUGACAACAAACUCAUCUACAAGGCCCAGUGCAAAGCUGUAUGUGUUAAAUGUCUCUUUUCUGUGUCUCUCAGAUAUGCGUAAGAUUUGAGGAAUGGAGUGAGCCUCCUUUAACUUCAUCUGAUCUCAAGUUUGCACAGAAGAGAGAGAGAGAGGAGGAGGAGGGAAGGAAUGUCGUUUUGAAGAUGAAAAAGCACAAAAUCUGGGCUGAAAACAAGCCGAAGACACUUUUUCUUCACCUGCUACGGCUAAAAGAAAGAAACAAGAAAGAAGUCCCGGGCUGUUUCUCUUUUUCUGGCAACGCCCACGCUCAAUAACCCCACAAACUCAGGAACUAAAGGAGAGGAGAGUGAAUCGUGCACACACUGGUAGUGUUCCAUCACCAGACAGCGUAACUACUCAUUGUCCUUACUAGUGGUGCACUGAAGCACAUACGCCUGCUUGACACACAGAUAAUUGGACGGCACUACAUUUGGCUCGGCAUCAUUAGACCUGAGGAUGUCCCAAAAACAAAUAUCAUGGUCUUACAACCAGGCGGUCAGACAUCAGUGCACCUCUAGUCUGUUAAUGCCGCCGCUGCCCGCCCUGUUUCUCUCUCUGUUCUAUCGGCACGGGACGUCAGCGGCUGUGGGAAGAUGUAUAAACUGAUUUCUUACACUGUUUACAUAAAACUCAUGUACGUUUAUCACAACAAGCCCUCCUGCAGCUCCUUCAUUAUCCUGCUUCGCGUGCUACUAUGAUAAACUGAGCAGAUUCCUGUUGGGACUCGACUGGACUGAUCUCUACGCCUCAUUAUGUUUACAGUAUAU